AUGCGGCGGCGACCGUCAUACAGCGCGGCUACCGUUCUCUACGCGAGCGGCGUCUCACCGCCACACCUGUCAAGAGAACAUAUUCCCAAAGACGUCAAAAUCAGGCAGCGAGAAAAAUUCAACAAUUUAUGCGACAGUCAAAGAUCAAUACUUGGGAGGAAUUUACGACAAACGUUGCAGAGCGCGCGAGCCGAAAACGCGAAGGUGGCCCGGCUCUGCCCGGAUGUCCGCCAAAGCUCUCCGCGGCCCACCACCAGUAUACCCAUGCCUAAUCGGAUCAUUGACUACUUAGCGCCGGAAUCACCCAUGGACGCAGAUGAUGAUCUCCUUAUCGAGCUUCUGUUUAAAAUG